AUGUCUCUAUGGGCAGAGACAGGGCAGCUGGAAGAGAACAUCACGGAUACAACAAUUCGCAACCGGUUAUCAUCGCUCAAACGAGCCAUUAAGCUUUAUACUGGCUACCAGUAUAGUGCAUUACAGAACAAGGAGCUCGAAACAUUCAUUCAGAAGGACCUCGUGCAGAAAGAUGAGCUUGCAACUGGCGCUUACACAAAAGCAAUUGCUCCUUUGCCCGUAGCAGAGGACCUGAUCCAGUUUAUGUGGAUGUGCGAUGAAUAUCAACAUCCACAUCCACGAGCACGCCUACAGCUGGCGUUCUCAGUCGUACUUAUGACUCUAUUAGGCAGCCGCCCUGGUGAGUUCAUUGAGUCAGGAGCAUGGAAGCACAGCAACGAAGGACUCCUUUAUGGGGAUAUCGAUCUAGUCCGAUACCAAAACGGCACAUACACAGGGUACCUUCUCCACCUACGGUUACGCAAUCGCAAGGGCCAUCGAAACAACAAAAAGCAUUCCCCUAUCAUGCUUUUAUACGAAGAAGCAGAAAUGCGAUCUAUGUGUCCAGUUACUUAUUUCCUAGCCUUGGCCCUAGCAGAUGGCGUCUUUGAUGGUUGUGAAUCCUUUGAGGACAUCGAAGCAAAAGAGUUACCACCAGGAAGCUCAUUGUACAAAUAUCGCUACAAGUCAGAAGCAAAACAAAGGCCGAUAUUGCGAAGCAUCAACCCCAAUGGCAUAGUCUCGGACAACGAGAUCCUCACAUACAACUGCUUCAACAACAUGCUAAAGGGAAUCGGGCAAGCGAGCUGGAUAUUGAAGAUAGGCUGA